AUGUGGCCAGUUCUUCCCAGCGGUCAACUUAAUGAGAAUUUUGACUGGCCAAUUGAAGGACUACUUGUUCCAAACAGCCCUCCCCUGAAGAGACCUGUCUGUAAGACACCGGAGCAGUAUGUUCCUGUGAGACUCAGAGUUUUGCGAAAUGGAGACAAGAAUACAAACAGAGCUAUUGCUGUAAUUGGUCCAGACAGCUCACCUAGACGGAAAGUGCAGUGCACUGAAAAUUUAAAAUUACCUUCUGCAGCUCGGAGAUUGUUCAAUGAAAAGGGGAAGGAAAUUUUUGCUUUAAAAGACCUGCAAAGAGAUGAACUGGUGUACGUUUCAUGUGGAGAAAAUUGGAUCAAUCCUGACAUGUCAAUUUCUCAGCAAAAGAAGCAAAUAUUCUUGAAGAACUUAGCAUCAGAUGUUUCCAAAAUUCAAAUCUUCUGCAGUAUGCAUAAAACAGAGACUCUCGUUUUAGAAGUCCAGAGUGAUAUUGUCCCCGGAGCCAAGCUUGCUGUGCAUAAACCUGUAGCCAAUUUCAGAGAAGAGAAGCAAACUGUAGACACAGAGGAAAAGCAAAUGGGAAAAAACGCUGCAACAAGGGAAAAUGCCUCUGGUGAAAUUCUAGACGCACAUGCGAGAACCCACCUCCGGAUGAAGGCUUGUCACACCCUUCUCAAGUACGCCUGGCAGGAAGCGCCUCCUGACUUUGAUGAGAAUGACAGUCUCCCAAAGAAAAUGGAAGACGAGCUCUCUGAAAAAGUGAAACCACAGAAGAAAUGCAGCUGUUCACCAAGGCAUAGUAAAUCGCAGAAGCUUUGCCAUCAGCAGUUUGAAUACAGAGACGGGCAGAUUAUAAACCACGCUGCUUCUCAGCUUGUCUUGGGGGUACAAGGUCCCAACCUCCGUUCAGGCACUGAAGUGGUUUUGGUAGAGAAGAAGUCUGAUGAUAGUCAUCAGCGCUGGAUAUACAAGGAAGGCAGCAGGACCUUUCACCUGGUGAGUAACCCAGACCUUGUGCUGGCGGUCUUGAUGACCAAGGCUGGAAAUGAAGUGGGUGGCUAUCCAGUUAUUGUUCAGAAAUAUAAGCCAUAUAACAAUGGGACUUCCAAUCAAAAGUGGCAUUAUAUGGAAAAUGGGAAAGUGUUGAUGGCUUUUUAUAGCACUGAGCUGGAUAAAGAAAUCACAGCAGCAAAUUACGCUGGUGUGUGCACGUCCUCUGUGAUUAGAGAAGAAAACAUUGACCAACCAGGAUACUAUUACCUCUCACCUGGUGGAAAGAGAAAAACAAUGCUCUGUUUGGCUUGUGGACGAUCCAUGCAAGCAGAGAAGGGACUGAAGCAGUUGCUACCAGGGGUCCCAUUCCUCUGUGCCUCUGGCUGCGAGACUCAGAAACCCUUCUCACUAGGGCCCUUCAAGGUCAUCACUGUGGCCAAGGCUAAUUUAUCCUCUUACGAAGCUGAGGAAACUCUAAGUUAUUAUGAAGGACUCCUAUCAUCUUUACAGAUGAAGGCCUCCACACGGGCUGUAUCUCAUAGUGGUGUGGCAACUCCACACCAGAAGGCAGUGAAAAUAAUUGCAUACAAAAAUGGGGAUGGCUAUCAUAAUGGGAAGUUAAUUGUGGCUGAAACAUUCCCCAUGCUUCUUACAGACUGCACAGAACAACUUGGUCUUUCCAGAGCAGCCUCCAAAGUAUAUACCAAAGACGGGACUACAAUUCUCACUUUGCGUGAUUUGGUAUUAUGGGCUCUAGAUGAAUCCUUUAUCCAGAAAGACUCUGCGGAUGGAAAGAAACAUGCAGCUUUUGUUGGAACAGAAGAGGCAGCAAUUAAAAAAAACAUGAGAACAAAAGUGAAAAACAAAGUAUUUGCAAAGUCUGUGACAUCUGAUAAUUUGAAUAGUAUAGAUGAGUCUUUGCUUGACCUUGUCCUCAGAAACCCUAUUGCCAUCUGGGUGUCUUGUGGUGAACCAUUUCUACCUCUGAAUGCUUUGCAGAAAGCAGAAAAAGUAGAGAAGCAGAACUGGAUGAAAAAGAACAAAAUUUUGGCUGAUCUAGAUAUUAUGAAACACAAACUGAGGCAAUUAAAGGGCCGAAGAGUAGCAGCAUGCCAGCCGGCCACCAUGGUUCCUACCAAAAGCCCUGUGCAGCCGGUGGUGGUGGAGGGAGGCUGGACUGAGCAGACUCAAGAGGAAAUGAAACUCAUGAAACUUAUAAAACAUACAGAGGCACACCUUUCUGAAGUCCAAGAACUGCAAUCCAAAGGAGAGUCUCCAAUUUCAACUAAACGUAUCGCAGUCAAGCAGAGCAGCCUGUGUAUGCAACCCAACACAAAACGAGUGUGGGUUUAUCUAAAUGGAGGCAGACCGGAAGACGGCACUUAUGCCUGGGGCAAAGCUAUUUCAGAGCUGCUGGAUGACUGCUCAUCCCGUCUCAAAACGGCCCACCCAGCCAGAACACUGUUCACUCCAGAUGGAAAGCCCAUUCAGUCAUGGGACGACAUAGAGCGAGACAUGGUCAUCUGUGUGUCCAUGGGACGUGGCUUUGUAAUGCAGAAAGAGUUAAAGCAACUGAUGGAAGUCAGAGCAAAUUAUGCAAGAGUCCGAAGGCAGGAGGGCCCUCAGGCCACAGACAUUGCAGUGUCUCCAUCAUCAAAGCAGCUAUCUCUGGUACAUCUGUGCAAUUAA